AUGGUGGGUCCAAGAACUGGUGCUAAUAGAGAAAAGGGUAACACAAAAGGGGUUCAGAUUAAGCAACCUGUGAGUAGCUCUCUCAAUCCUGGUGUGAACAAGGAGAAUAUUUCCUCGGGUAGCAAGGUGGAUUCCCCAAUGAUUGGCAUGCUAUUCUCAACCGUGGCGUCUAGCUCUGUCAAAAAGACUGGUGGUAAUAAACCAGUGGGGGUGAAAUCAAAGAAGUAUGUGGCUAAGGCCAUGAAUGGAGUAUUUAAUGGGCUAGAGGGGAAUUCUGCACUCAGUUCAGAAAAAUCUUUAGGUGAGGCUAUGGUUGAUGUUGAUCCGGUGCAAGAACCUGAACCUCCUGACCAAAUCAUGAGUGACUCGUUAAAGCUGCUAGCUGAUAGUGCAGGUAUGGAGGUAGCUUUACCUUUAAAAGAGCAGUUAACUAAUACUGUUUAUGAGCCUAUUUGUGAUUCUGAUCUUUCUGAGAAUCAGAGUUAUAUGGGUGCUGCUAAGAAACAGUUUAAGAGCACCUUCAGUAGAUUUAGAAAGAAUUAUAAGGUUGGGAUGGUAGCUAUCCUGGAACCUAGGGUGAUUGGAAAUAAGGCUGCUAGUAUAAUUAGAAGUUUGGGUUUUUCUAAUAAACUGAUAGUUGAAGCACACGGUUUUUCAGGAGGUAUUUGGCUUGUUUGGAAUUCUUGUGAUGUUAAUAUUUCUCUCAUUUCCCAGCAUGAUCAGUUUAUUCAUUGUUGGGUGGAGGUGGCUGGUUUGAAGGGCUUCUUUUGGGCGGCUGUUUAUGUCAAUCCUCAAGAAGGGAAGCGUAGGUUGUUGUGGGAGGAGUUAAAACAGAUUGGGAGGACUAUGGAUGAGGCAUGGUUAUUGACAGGUGACUUUAAUGAGAUUACUAGUGCUGAGGAGAAGAGAGGAGGAGGUCCCAUUGACUAUAGUAGGUGUAUACAGUUUGCAAAUGUGUUGAGUGCCUGUGGUGUCUUGGAUUUGGGAGGAGGUGGCAAUAGAUUUACCUGGAGAGGUCCAAAAUUCCUUCAUUUGGACAGAGUAUUUAAGAGACUUGAUAGAGCUGUGGAAAAUGAGAAUUGGAGAGCUAGUUUUCAGGAUGCUGAUGUGUUAACACUUCCUAGACUGUUUUCUGAUCAUUGUCCUGUUCUUGUCAGAUUGGAGAAAGAGGAAGUAGGAUGGAGAGAGCGGCCAUUUAGAUUCCUUGCUUCCUGGCAGGCUGAUCCCAGAUUUAGCAAUCUUAUCAAGGCUAAUUGGAAUCAAGCUACAAAUCUGUAUGAUGGUUUUCACUCCUUCACUCCAGUUCUAAAGGACUGGAAUAAAAAUGUGUUUGGUUUUAUCCAACAUAAGAAGAACAAAAUUAUAGCUAGAUUGGAUGGUAUUCAGAAGCAAAGUAGUAGCCAUCCUAGUAGGCACUUUGAGAAAUUGGAGGCCAAGCUAAGAAAGGAGCUCUCGGAUAUACUGGAUCAAGACGAACAGCUUUGGCAUCAAAAAUCUAAAGGAGACUGGAUUAGAGAUGGGGAUAGGAAUACCAGGUUUUACCACACCAGCACUUUGAUCCGAAGGAAAAGGAAUAAAGUCCUAAAACUGCAAGAUGAGGCUGGACACUGGAUCAAUGGGGAAGAGGAGCUUAUUGCUUUGGCUAGGAACUUCUUCAUUAAUCUGUUCAAGGAAGAGAUUUCUGUUCCUAUUUGGUUGCAUACGAGUAAUUCUUGGCCAGAAAUAAAGGAAGACCAGUUGGAGUCCCUUUCUUUAAGUGUUGGAAUGGAGGAGGUGAAAUGUGCUUUUUUUCAGAUGGCUCCUUUGAAGGCACCUGGUCCAGAUGGCUUCCCUGCUUUGUUUUUUCAAAGGAACUGGAAGAUCCUUAAAGAUCAAGUUCUCACAAGUAUGAGGGGGUAUCUUGAUAAACCGCAGCUAAUUCAGGAGAUCAACUACACUAUGUUAGCUCUUAUUCCUAAGAUUGAGAGACCUUGUCUCAUGAAGCAGUUUAGACCAAUAGCCCUUUGUAAUUCUAUUUACAAGGGGCUGAGCAAAAUCCUUGCUAACAAAAUUAAACCUCUUUUGGGGAGUCUCAUUUCCCCCAAUCAACCAGGGGAUUUAGUUGAAGCCAUCAUGGACUGUGUGACUAGUACUCAUUUGGAGGUGUUGUGGAAUAGGGGUAGGACUACUGGAUUUAGUCCUCAACGUGGCAUUAGACAAGGGGAUCCCAUAUCCCCUUAUCUGUUUGUCUUAUGUAUGGAAAAGCUAACUCAUUUAAUUAUGGAUGAGGUGGAGGCUAAGCAUUGGAGACCAAUAAAGGCUGGAAAGUCUGGUCCAUAUAUUUCCCACCUUAUGUUUGCAGAUGAUGUUAUAUUGUUUGCUGAAGCAUCUUUGUCUCAACUGGAAUCAAUCACUCAUUGUCUGGAGAAAUUUUCUAAGAUGUCUGGGCAAUGUGAGAUUGAGAGAUUGCAGAGGAACUUCAUCUGGGGGGAUUCUGAAACUAAGAGGAAAGCCCAUUACAUUUCGUGGGAGCAAAUCUGUCAGCCUAGGGAAUGUGGUGGGUUAGGAAUCAUGAACUUGAGAAGACAAAAUGAAGCAUUUAUGCAAAAAUUGGCUUGGAAGGUUAUGACUGAUCAUGAUAGACUUUGGGUCAAGGUGCUGUUAGGAAAAUAUGGUAGGAAUGCUAAUCCUAGCCGCUGCCUAAUUUCAAGAACUUCUGACUCUCCUCUAUGGAAGCAUAUAUGUAGAGGAUAUAAUGACUUAUAUCAGCACCUUGAGUGGAAGAUUGGUAAUGGAAAGGAAAUUUAUUUCUGGUCUGAUGUGUGGGGAGGGUGGAAGAGGAGUCUAUAUGACCUUGCUGCACACAAACCUCCUGAUUCUCAGCUAUCCUUUAAAGUAAGUGAUUAUGUUGAUCAAGUCACAGGGGAUUGGAGAUGGAGCUGCCUUGUUAUUUGGUUAGAUGCUAAUACCAUUAGUAAGCUUAAAAAUAUUAGAACCCCUGCUAUUGAUGGUCCAGAUGACAAUUUGAACUGGAUUUGGAGUAGUCCAAGUAAGUCCUUUGUGAGGAAUGCUUACUGUCAUUUCCCUGAAUCUGGUGAAAGAGAUCGAGUUUGGGCAGCUAUAUGGAAGUGGAGGGGGCCUUAUAGGUUUGCAGUUUUCCUAUGGCUGGCUAGUUUGAACAAAAUUCCUGUUCGAGCUAUGACAGGACAAUGGUAUUGGGGAGAGAGUAUGUGCCCUGCUUGUAAGAUUCAUCCAGAAACUGUUAUGCAUGUGUUGAGGGAUUGUAGGGUAGCUAGGCAGGUGUGGGAAAGAUGGUUCUCGCGUAAUAUUCCUAAAACUUUCUUAGCAGUGGAAGGAAGGGAAUGGUUCAAGAUUAGUCUGUUUCACCCUUUUGUUAAUAAGCUUUGGGGGUCUUGGAAGGAGCUAGCCUCCAAUAUAGGAUCUAGUGGUGGGUUUCUUUGCUCCUCUGUAGGUGAAUGGAAAGGUGGUUUCUCUUACAAUAUAGGCAAUUGUACUGCAUUGGAAGCUGAAUUAUGGGGGAUAUACCAUGGCUGUAAAUUGGCAAGUGAUAUGCAGUAUUCAAAGGUGUGGAUAGGCUGUGAUAGCAAAGAGGCUUUACUUUGCUUGGAGGAGAAUGAUGAAGUUUGCGGUUUCUCAUACUUGAUAGGAAAAAUUCGAGAAGUGGCUCUGGCCUUUGAGAAAUUCUAG